UUCUCAUAUUGUCUAUAUAUAGACAUAUGAUUCACACCUAUCAACAUAUAUAGUUUCUUGAUGGAUUCCAAAGAUGAUGCAUAUUUUUCCAUGUAUGGUGGCGAUGGAAAUCACAGCUAUGCCAAAAACUCAACCUACCAGAGAGGACUAUUGGAUGCUGCAACGAAAAUCAUCGAAGAAGAAAUCGCCACAAAAUUAGAGAUUCCAACUUCAAGCAAGCACUUCUGCAUUGCCGAUUUUGGGUGCGCAACCGGCAGCAACUCUUUUCCGGCCAUGCACGCGAUCAUCAAAGACGUCAAACAAAAAUACAAAUCCGCACACCUCAAAACCCCAGAAUUCUACGUGUACUUCAACGACGUCGUCUCCAACGAUUUCAACACCCUCUUCAGCUCCCUCCCACCCAACAGGGGCUAUGAGGUAGCCGCAGUGCCCGGAGACUUCCACCGCUGUCUUCUCCCGCCAUCCUCCAUCCACUUCGCGUACUCUUCUUGCUCGCUCCACUGGCUGAUGGAGGUGCCCAAGGCGGCCGAGGGCCUCAAGUCUCCAUGUCGGAGCGGAGGAGAGAGGGAGGAGGUUUAUGAAGGUUAUUUGGGGCAAUUUGAGAGGGAUUUGGAAUCAUUCUUGAAAUGUAGGGCUUUGGAAAUGGUGGAAGGUGGGAUUAUGGCUCUUCUUAUUCCCGGAGUGCCUACUUAUUGGGACCCACAGAGAGAGUUUACCAGCGUGUCUUUGGCCGAACUUCUCAGAUCUUCCCUCCUCGAUCUGACCAAAAAGGGAAGACUGAGUGAGACAAAGUUAGCGAAAUUCAACCUUCCGUACUUCUUUCCCACCCCAGAGGAGGUGAGGGUUGUAUUGGAAAAGAGCAAGAGUUUUAGCAUUGAAAGAAUGGAGAUUUUGAAGAGUGCGGCAUUGCUCAGCAUUGAUGGCUACGUGGCAUGUUUUAGGGCCGCUCAUCAAAACAUGUUUUCACAUAAGUUUGGAGCUGAAACCGUCGACGAAAUUUUCGAUCUUUUGAAGAUGAAACUCCAAACAUUUCCUGUUUUCGCAAAUCCUUGUAAUGAUAAAUCUAUUGUGGUUGUUGCUAUCCUCAAGCACAGCAAUGUUUAGUACUUCGUCAUCGUUAUUGUUGCAUCAAUAAUUCUAAUUCUAAUAUAUC